GUUCUCCCUUCCCCCCUCAAGCCGCUUUUAGGGUCCGAGUAAUCCGGUUCGCACCGAGAAAUUUCACUUUAAAGGUAAAACACACCUACCAAAGAACUGUGAAAAGUUCCGAGUAAUCCACUUUGAGGAGUAAGUACCACACCACAACAACUAUUGGUAGUUCUACAAUAUCUUCAUAACUUCACAAAAACAUUUUAACACGUCCCAAUUUGAUGGAUUAUUUUGCCUUAGAGACCUAAAAAAAAAAGGAGUGCAACAACCUCAAAUGCUCAGAGCAAGAAAUCUAACAAUCCCAUCGUAUUGGAGGACAGGAGUCUAAGUCAAUAAUAACUGUACAAAGUCGUCUGAUUUACCUAAAAGCCAGUGGAUGGGAACCACUUUUUCUUUAUAGUUGCUUCAAGUUUUGAAACUUAUCUUACUUUGGCAACUUUGUCAAACUCUCAAUAAUUUAAUCAGACCAAAACAAACACUAGUCUGAAAUAUUUGAUUUAUAAAAGAAUAUAUAAACAGCUGUUUGGAAUGAAUUACACCAAUUGUGUAACAACUAUGAUGCCAAAGCUUUCCUCUAUAAUAAUAUCUUUUGUCCUGUUCCUCCAUCUUCCUUUGUCCUUUGUUCUUGUUUUAGACAUCAUAUGAAACUCCAAAGCCUAUUCAUGGUCAAGAAAUCUGUUUCUGUUCUUGUCAUUGCCAUUCUUUUCAUCACCUUGGCAGAUGACACUCUCUCUAUAUACCUCAAUUCUAGUGCUUGCGUUGCACAGAGUUGUGGUAAUGGGGUGAAGAUAUCAUACCCCUUUUGGAUUCCUGAGAAACAACCAUCCUAUUGUGGCUUACCAGCUUAUAAAGUCACCUGCGACGAACGUAAGACAUUUCUUCAUAUUUUUGGAGAGGAAUUUAUCAUUAAGGAAGUAUUUUACACAAACAACUCAAUUCUGCUAGCCAAAGCAGAUGUGUUUGAUGAAGACAACAAAUGUCCAGUGCCUAGACAUAAUUUUAGCGUAAGGGGUACUCCGUUUUCAUUGGGGCCUAAUACUGCAGAUCUUUUCUUCUUCUAUGACUGUAUUCAACCUAAUGAAAGGGAGACAUAUGAUGUGAACUGUGCCCGCAAUGCCACUCAUCAUUCUUUUGCGGUUUUUCAUACUGAGCUAUUGAAGCACUAUAACUAUUCAGUCGAAUCCUGUCAAGAUCCUGUUUAUGCCCUUGUUGAGGCUGAUUCUCUAGAUAGAUUGCUAAAAAUGAAUUACAGACAAGUUCUGCAAAAGGGAUUCUUUCUGCAGUGGGAUGGGACUAAUUGUAGAGAUUGCCAGAAUAGUGGAGGGCACUGUGGUGCUCAAAGUAAUGAAUUUCUGUGCAUUUGCAAAGACCAAACCCAACCAAGAACAUGUCUUCAUGGACGAAAAAAGAGAAUUGCCAUAAAGGUUUCCAUAGGUGUUGGUGCAGCUGCAUUUACCGCUUUGAUGGCAGGUGUAUUGUUCCUUAUCUAUCGUCGUAGACAGAAGAAAAUUGAUGCUGGUUCGUCUGUGUUCACCAGAAGCAUUCUUUCCUAUCCCUCCUCAACAAAGGAUCCCGAAAAGGCUAAUAUAACUAUCGGAGUUCACCUCUUUGACUACGAUGAACUGGUAGAAGCCACGAACAAUUUUGAUUCCAAGAAAGAGCUUGGAGAUGGUGGAUAUGGCACAGUAUACAAAGGUAAACUUCGAGAUGGACGUGUUGUUGCUGUCAAACGUUUAUAUGAAAACAACUGCAAGAGGGUAGAGCAAUUCAUAAAUGAAAUAGAUAUCCUAACACGGUUGCAUCAUCCAAAUCUUGUCACUCUUUACGGAUGCACAUCUCGCCAUUCGCGUGAGCUUCUACUUGUUUAUGAAUACAUUCCCAAUGGCACAGUUGCUGAUCAUCUAUAUGGUGGUGAUUCAACCCCUAGAUCGCUUUCAUGGAAUACACGAAUGAAAAUUGCCAUAGAAACAGCAAAUGCACUUGCCUAUCUGCAUGCUUCAGAUGUCAUCCACCGAGAUGUAAAAACUAAUAAUAUCCUUCUAGACAACAAUUUCUGUGUUAAAGUAGCAGAUUUUGGCUUAUCUCGGCUUUUCCCAACGGAUGUUACUCAUGUCUCCACAGCUCCACAGGGUACUCCUGGAUAUGUUGAUCCUGAGUACCACCAGUGCUAUCAGCUCACUGACAAAAGCGAUGUUUAUAGUUUCGGAGUGGUAUUAAUUGAGCUUAUAUCGUCAUUGCCUGCUGUUGAUAUCUGUAGGCACCGAUAUGAAAUUAAUUUGUCAAAUAUGGCCAUCAACAAGAUUCAGGGAAAUGCAUUACAUGAGUUGGUGGAUUCAAAUCUUGGGUUUGAAACUGAUGACAAAGUAAGGUCAAUGAUAACUGCAGUGGCAGAGUUAGCAUUCCAGUGUCUACAGAGCGAUGGGGAUAUGAGGCCGUCUAUGCAGGAAGUUGUGGAGGCUUUGCUAAGAAUUCAGAGAAUGAAUAAAACAGGGAAAACAGACAAGCCUGAUAAUGAUGAUUCAGGGUUGUCGAAGAAUAACACAUCAUUAGUCUCACCUGAUUCGGUUACUGCAAAAUGGAGUAGCAGUUCAACUACACCCAAUGCCAGUACCUAGUUUUUUGUUCACUUUGCGAGCUUUCUCUUGAGAACCUGCCAUAUUGGUUGCCAAAACCUGAAUUACAUACACUUUGAUUAACUUGGUUUUCUCUGUAAAAGAGAAUGUACAUAUGUUAGUGCAGCUUGUUCAAUUUGACUACUCUAAUUCGGUUUAAUCUU